AUGACUUACAAAGCAAUUAUUUUUGAUAUGGGUGGUGUGUGCGUUGGCUCUCCUUUUGAAGGAAUAAUGAGAUUCGAAAAAGAACAUAAUUUGCCUCAUAAUUAUAUCAAUGUUAUAAUUGUGAAAAAUGGUGAAAAUGGUGCUUUUCAGCGAUUAGAACGUGGAGAACUUCCGCUCAACGAAUUUUAUAAAAUAUUUAGUAAAGAAUUGUCAAAUCCAUUAAACAAACAGAUUUACAUAAAGUAUCUUAAAUUACGCGGGGAAACUACGAUCCCUCAAAUUCCUGAUCAAAUAUCAAUAGAUGGCAAAUCAUUAUUUCGAGAAAUGAUGUCUGAAUCUACAAAGAUUGACCCAAUCGUUUUCACUGCACUUAAAAAACUUCGUUCAAGUAAUAAAUUUAAACUAGCAGCUUUGACAAAUAAUUUUUUAACUCCAGCCGAUGUGGGCGGUACUAUACCUCAGGAAUUGAAAUGUUUAUUUGAUGAGGUUUUUGAGUCUAGUGUUAUUGGACUGAGAAAACCGGAUCCAAAAAUAUUUUUAUACGCAUGUGAAAAAUUAGGAAUUGAACCUAAAGAUGCUAUUUUUCUUGAUGAUAUUGGAAUGAAUUUGAAACCGGCAAUGAACUUAGGGAUGCGAACUAUCAAGGUGGAAUUGGGUAAAUCAGAAAAGGCAAUAAAAGAGUUAGAGCAACUUACAGGAAUCUCAUUAUUUGAUAACGAAAUGACCAAUAAAACCAAACUUUAA